GGCAGUAGCGCAUUAAAAGCAACAUCACUUUUUCCUUCUACCUUUUUGUCCUCUUCUACUCGAUUUUCCUCUUCACCAAAUUAGGGUUUCAAAAAAUUGAAAUGUGGAGGCAAAAUGGAACAACAAAUUGAAUUACCAAUCCAAAUUCAAACCGAAAUCCCUCAAUUAGGGCUCCAACCUUCUUCUUCACCUCAUUCUUCUCAUCCAGGUACCUCUCCGUCGUCCGAACCUGAUCAAACGGCCCAGGAUGACGAUAACUAUCUUCAUCAAGAGCUACAGAACCAGCUCGACUUGAGAGAGGAGUUUAAAGAAUUGAAUGAUUUUCAUGAAGAAGAGGAGGAGGAGGAGGAAUUUAAGAGUGAAGAGAGAGAUAAAAAGAGUGAAUUUUUUUAUGAGAAUGACAACGAGAGCAGUGAGAAGGAAGGUGAUGAUUUAGAGAAGAAGAAUGAAAGAAGUGAUGAAAAUGCUAAUAACAAUAGAAGGUAUCAUCAGUAUCCGGUGAGACCUGAAGCAGAGGAUUGUGCCUUUUAUAUGAAGACUGGGACUUGCAAAUUUGGAGUUAAUUGCAAGUUCAAUCAUCCUGUUAGAAGGAAAAAUCAGGCUGUCAAGGAGAACGUGAAGGAAAGGGAAGAAGCAACAGAGAAGCCUGGCCAGACUGAAUGCAAGUACUACCUGAGGACAGGAGGCUGUAAGUAUGGAAAAGCUUGUAGGUUCAACCACACAAGAGAAAAAACUUUUUCAGUGCCCCCGCUGAAGACACCAAUGCCAUCAAUUUUAGAGCUGAACUUUCUGGGCCUGCCAAUCCGUCCGGGAGAGAAACAGUGCGAGUUUUACAUGCGUAAUGGUUCCUGCAAGUAUGGAGCUACCUGCAAGUAUAAUCAUCCAGAUCCUAUGGCUGUGGGAGGAAGUGACCUGACUUCGGCAUUUGUUAAUGGGGGAACUACUUCUCUACCAGCUCCAUCACCAUCAAGUGUAGGUUCUUGGUCUUCACCGAGGGCAUUAAACGAUCCUACACCCUUUGUGCCAUAUGUGUUUUCACCAACUCGACUUCCUUCUCAAAGUUCAGAGUGGAAUGGAUAUCAGGGUACUCUAUACCCUCCUGAAAGAAGUCUGCAUCCACCUCCAUCUUAUGCCAUGAGCAACCCAGCAACUGAAAGUAAUGUAUAUGCACCUCAGCAACAGCAAACAGUAGUUGAUGAAUUCCCAGAACGACCUGGCCAACAACUGUGCAGUUACUUCAUGAAAUUCGGGGACUGUAAGUUCAAAUCUAACUGCAAAUAUCACCAUCCAAAGAAUCGGAUACCAAAGUCACCCUCAUUAACUCUUAGUGACAAGGGCCUGCCACUGAGACCUCUCUAUUUUUGUCUAUCAAAUCCAGGAUCAAAUCAUCUGCUCUUACUACAGCCGCUAUGGUAUCUGUAAGUUUGGGCCUGCCUGUAAAUUUGAUCAUUCAAUACAACCGCCUUCAUCAGGAUCUGGUGAUGAUCAGCACACUGCCUUUGGCAACUCUGUGACCCAGGAAAAGGCUAGAAUGGCUGAAAGCGGAAAUGGAAGUGAUAUUUCGGUUGAGCAGCCUGUGUAAAAAUUUUGCAUCAAGCUUUGUAGUGUUCUAGGAUCAACAAAACCUAAGACUUUUAAACUUUCUCAUCAAAACAUGGAUGUGUUAUUUCAACUUUUGUUUUUUUUGUUGUACUUUACUCUUUGAGAUGCCACAACCUUUUCAUACAGUGGCAUUAUACAUUUAUCUUUUUUGCGUCA